GUUGAGAAUUAGCUAAAUAUCUCAAAAGUUUGGUAGUGUCUGACUCUUAUAUUUGUAUAUACAUUAUUAAAUGUUUAUUAUUGAUGUUUAACAAAAUUAGGUUAGGAAUAAAGAAAUCUUUUAUAUUUUUUAAUCAUGCAUUUUAAUAGAGGACACUUGAUAGAUAAUUCUACACUUGACAGUGAUGAAAGUAAUAAUAGUUAUAAUGACAGUGACAGUGAUAGUAGUAUGGAUAUGCUUUCAGACGAUGAUAGUUUGAACAGUAGCAAUGAUUCUGAAAGUGAAAACAAUGUAGAAAAUCCUGUUUCAAAUAAUAAUCAAGUAUCUGCACGUACAAGUAACGAUACAGAUUCAAUUUUGUUAAAUGAAGAUGAAGAAGAAGAUGAAGUUAUAAAAGCAAUAAUUCGGGCACAAAAUGCACAAUCAAAUCAUCCUCCACCAAUUAUAACAGAAGAUCAUGUGGUAGAUAUAUGUUUUCACCCUAACUCAGACAUGAUCGCUGUAGCUAAUAUUGUAGGAGAUGUAUACCUAUAUAAGUACAAUAACACAGAAACAGAACUUGCAUCAACCCUAGAAUUACAUCUUAAAGCAUGUCGUGAUAUAGAAUUUAAUGAAAGUGGUAAAACAUUAUUUUCUACUGCUAAAGAUUUGUGCAUAAUGCUUACUGAUGUAGAGACAGAGAAAUUAACAAGAUUGUAUGAGAAUGCACAUACAGAACCAAUAUAUACAAUGACCACAAUUGGAGAAAACAUGUUUGCAACAGGAGAUGAUGAUGGUGUAGUAAAACUGUGGGAUCUUAGGCAAAAAGGAGAUGUACCUGUAUUUUCAAUAAAGAAAAUGGAAGAUUAUGUAAGUGCUAUAAUAACAAAUGAAGAGGCAAAAUAUCUGGUGUGUGCAAGCGGGGACGGUUCUAUUACCACGUUCAAUAUACCGGGAAAGAAAAUGCAUGUUCAAUCAGAAGAAUACGAGGAAGAAUUAACAUGUCUUGGUUUAUUUAAAUCUGAAACAAAAAUUUUGGUAACAACAAGUAAAGGAAAAAUGUACAUAUAUAAUUGGGGAGAAUUUGGACUUCAUUCAGAUGAAUUUCCUAGCCCAACUAAAAAAGCUAUAAAUUGUAUGAUUCCAAUUACUGAAAAUAUUGCAAUAACAGGAGGGGAAGAUGGAAUGUUAAGAGCUACUAGUUUAUUCCCUCGCCGUAAUCUCGGAAUAGUAGGGCAACAUGAUCUCUCUAUUGAGACGCUUGAUGUUAACAGUGAUGGUACUCUAAUUGCAUCUUCUUCACAUAAUAAUGAUAUCAAAUUUUGGAAUGUACAAUAUUUUGAAACUUUAAAUGUCACCGAACCUGUAAAAGGUGGAAAACAAAAACAACUAAAACAUAAUCUUCCAAGUAGUAAAUUUGAUAAUGCAUCUAACUUUUUUUCUGAUCUUUAGUAAAGAAAUAAAAAUAAUAGUUAAUGUAAAAUGUAUUUUUUUUACUUCUGAUUUGAAGUAAUUGUUAUGUUUCCUUUUAUAACAUAAUUAAGAAAAAAAUAAAUAACAUUUCUAUACAUCAACUACCAAAUAUGUAAUAUAAGUUACCAAAAUUAAGUAUAGUAUGAUGUGUUGCAUUGAAUGAUUUACAAGGAAUUUCUAACUGUACGGUAUUUUAUUCCCAAAAAGAUAAUAAAAGUCCGUUGAAUAUA